AUGAGUAGAAAACCCAUUUUUCUAUAAGACAAGUAGGCAUAAUAAGGCUAUAUGUAUAACUAACCUAAUCAAAUAUAAACUGGUAGAUAGGCUGAUACAAGGAUUGCUAAUAUGAAAAGCACUGAACACCUUCUAAUGGCACCUUAACAUAAUUCUCCUUUUUCUGCAUUGAGCACUGCAAUGUAAUCAUAAGAUGCUUCCUUCUUGAGUAACAGGGUAGAUGAGAGUAAUGUUGGAUUUUAACAAAUUGUGAAACAUGUCAAUCAAAUGAUAAUGGAAAAAUCAUAAGCACAAGAACUAAAGAUUAAAGAAUUAUAAAAUCAAAUAGAUUCAAACAGAACUAUUAUUUUUGAUAUUAGAGGACAAAAUCCAAUAAAUGCUGAAUAGUUAAGCAUAAAAUUUAAAUAGUUUGAAGAAUCUAUCAGAACAUAAAUAAAAAAGGCUUAAGAGGAAUUAAUGAGUUAAUAGGUUAAUUUUUAAAACGAUUAUUAAAAUAAGUUCAAAGAAUUACAAGAUUAGACUGAUAAUAAAUUAAAAUUGAUAUAAAAAGACAACUAGUAAAAUUUAGUUAAAUUAAAAGAAGACUCUUAAUUGAGAAUUGCUCCUUAAAAUAAUCUAAGUGAAGAUAAAACAAUUAAGGAUAUUCAAUAAAAAAUUAAAGAUCUUCAAUUAUUAUUUGAUUCUUAACAUAAUGAAUUCACAUUGUAUGAUUAAAAGACCAAAUAACAAUUAGCAAAAUUAGAAAAGAAUUUGUUUGAACAAUCCUAAAAAAUUAGUGUUUAAGAGGAAUAGACCAUUGCUUAAUUUAAGACAUUUUAAAAUAAUUAAUAAAACAAUAUUGCUUAAGCAAGUAAAAAACUGUCCGAUGAUAUUGAAAUCAAAUUAUAGUAGGUUUAGAAUAUAAUCCAGUAAAAAACAUUUUCUUAAUCUGAUAAAUUGACAGAAUUAACACUUCAAUAGGCGGAUUUAAAUAAAAUUACUCAAGGAGUGUUUGAUCUACAGAAUUCAUAAAAGUUACUCUCUUAGCAGUAUCAAGAAUUAACUCUCAGAAUUGAUUAACAUCUUUCGUAAAAUUCUAAGCAAGAAAUAUAUCUGAAAUAAUUAGAAUAAAAGGUCGAUUAGAAUAAAGACGAAAAUGACAAUGGAAUUACAUAAUUAAAAUUAGAACUUUCUAGUUUAACCAAAUAAUUUGAAAGAAUUAAAUAAGAAUAUAAAAAUUAGUUUGAAUACCUUUAAGAUUUAUAAAAUAAAUCAAAUGAAGAGAUCAGAAAGUCGCAUUAAGAAUUACUAUUUUCAUUUAAGCAGACAGAGUAGACCAAUUGGAUUGAUGAAUAUAAUAAGAAAAAGCCUGAGAUACAAUAAGCAUAGGUCUAAGUGUUUAAUUAUGAAGAAGAUUCCGAGAGUAAGAGCGACUAGCAAUUAAAUGAAUUAUCUGAAUAAAACAAUAUUGAAUAAAUAGAACAUGAGUUUGAGAAGGAAGCUUUUAUGGACAAAUUGAAGGCAUUGAGUCCUUCUAAGAAUAGCUAAUUUUAGGAAGAGAAGAUAGUUGAAGUGAAAGAGGAGGAUUAGCAUUAGAAAAAUGAUUAAAAAGGAGAAGACGAAGAUGAUGAUGAAGAAAAUGAAGCUACAUAUUAACUGGACGAAAAUGGUUUCUUAUUAGAUGACGAGGGCAAUUAUUUAUUGGAUGAAAAUGGUUAGAUGAUUCAAUUAAAUGAAACCUAAAUAGAGUAUUUAAGAAAGUAAGACAUGGUUUAAGAGGAAGAUAAUUGA